AUGUUUCCAAAACGAAACAGCGUGGUUGUGAAGGUUGGGAUGGUCGGUGAUUCGCAAAUAGGAAAAACAAGCUUGAUGGUUAAAUAUGUCGAAGGUUCCUUUGACGAAGAUUACAUUCAGACAUUAGGCGUCAAUUUCAUGGAGAAAACCAUUUCCAUAAGAAAUACCGAGAUAACUUUUAGUAUAUGGGAUCUUGGUGGUCAACGCGAAUUCGUGAACAUGCUUCCGUUGGUGUGCAACGACGCAGUCGCCAUCCUUUUCAUGUUCGAUCUAUCACGAAAGUCCACGCUAAACAGCGUCAAAGAAUGGUACCGUCAAGCGAGAGGAUUCAAUAAGACGGCCAUUCCUUUUCUCAUUGGGACAAAGUAUGAUCAGUUUGCAAAUUUCCCCAAGGAAGAGCAAGAAGAAAUCACAAAACAGGCUCGGCGUUUCGCACGGGCAAUGAAGGCAUCCUUGGUCUUUUGCUCCACGUCUCAUUCCAUCAAUGUGCAAAAGAUAUUCAAAAUUGUUCUCUCCAAAGCGUUCGAUCUCAAAUGUACAAUCCCGGAAAUCAAGGAGGUCGGUGCCCCCAUACUAGAGUACAUAAUACGUCAUCCCGAGCAAUAA